AUGCUCCUUCAAGCACUACUCUACAUCGAAGGCGAACAUGAAAUGCGACGAGUCGUAGUAACAGGUCUCGGCGCCAUUACCCCUUUGGCAGCCGGCAUCAAAACAACAUGGAAGCGCCUCCUCGAGUCCUCUUCCGGACUCUCCUCAACAACGACCAGAGGUCCGGCUUUCGAAACCCUUCCCAGCAAAGUCGCCGGUCUCGUUCCUCUCGGAAAACGCGAAGAUUGCGCCUGGCAAGCCAAAGACUGGCUACCCGCAAAGGAAGAACGUCAGAUGGCAUUGUUCGCACAGUACGCCGUCGCGGCAGCUGACGAGGCGCUGAACGAUGCUGGAUGGCAUCCUACUUCCCAGGCUGAUCUCGAGGCUACGGGUGUGACUAUUGGAUCUGGCAUUGGAAAUCUGGAUGAGGCUUACAACACCUCUGUUGCUUUUCACGAAGGCGGAUAUCGCAAAGUCUCGCCGCUGUUCGUGCCAAAGCUGUUGAUUAACCUAGCGGCGGGUCAUGUGUCUAUCAGGCACGGGUUCAAAGGACCGAAUCAUGCUGCUACUACGGCUUGUACGACUGGGCUACAUGCUAUCGGGGACGCUUCGCGGUUGAUUGCUUUUGGGGAUGCGGAUGUGAUGGUUGCGGGUGGCGCGGAGUCGUGCAUUCAUCCUCUGGCAAUCGCUGGUUUCGCGAGGGCGAGGAGUUUGGCAGUCGAUUGGAAUGAUGAGCCUGCUGCUGCUUCCAGGCCGUUUGAUAGUCAGAGGGCUGGGUUCGUCAUUGGGGAAGGUGCUGGGGUGGUUGUGCUCGAGGAACUUGAACACGCCAAAGCCCGCAAGGCGAACAUCUACGCCGAAGUCAAAGGCUACGGUUUAUCUUCUGAUGCCUACCAUAUGACUGCGCCCGAGGAAAACGGCGAGGGCGCCUUUCUGGCUAUGAGAGCAGCCCUCAAGCAUGCUAGUCUGAAGCCGGAAGCCAUCGACUAUGUGAACGCACAUGCUACAUCUACUAUCCUAGGGGAUGCUGCUGAAAAUAGAGCCAUCAAGCGUCUGCUCUUAGGGCCGGAUGGAAGACAGAGUGCGUCUGAAGUGAACAUCAAUAGUACUAAGGGAGCCGUUGGCCAUCUGCUCGGUGCUGCAGGCGCUGUGGAGGCCAUCUUCACCAUGCUCACCAUUCACAACAACGUCCUGCCGCCAACGCUGAACCUUGUCCGGCCUGGUGAUCCUCCGGAGGAAUUCGACUGCAACUAUGUUCCCAACGCAGCGCAACAACACACAGUCAAUGCAGCUCUAACAAACAGUUUCGGUUUUGGCGGGACUAAUGCCAGUCUUUGUCUCGCGAAAUAUCGAUGA